AUGACCAGCUUCAUUCCACGACCAAAUGUCAAGUUCAACAAGCGCCUCGUCAACAUUGAACAGCUCUCAUCCAAGCUUGUCCUUACCUUUGCCGAUGGAGAAGUUGCAGAAGCGAGCAUUCUUGCUGGGGCCGACGGCAUCAAGAGCACAGUCCGCGAGCAUGUCCUGAAGCCGCAAUUUCCAGACCAAGUAGCGCCAGUCUACGCUGAUGCGUAUUGCUACCGUGCUGUCAUUCCAAUGGCUGACGCCGAAGCUAUUCUGGGAGAAUUGACACACGUAGCCAAAUUUUACUUUGGCCAUAAGCGCAGCGCAGUAACGUACCGUAUAUCAGAGGGAAAGUUCCUACAGGAGUUCAAUUACCUCUUGUGUGUCACAGACGAGCGAGGCUGGCAACUAGACAACGCUGUGACAGAGCAGGUCUCACAUGAAGCCAUGAUGGCCGAUUUCGAGGGACCAGGCGUCGAUGACCGCUUCCGCCAACUUUUGGCCAAGGCCAACCCAAUCCGAUGGGGUUUCUUCCACCACUUGAAAACUUCAACAUAUUACCGAGGCCGUGUGGCUCUUAUAGGCGAUAGCGCACAUGCGUCAUUGCCGUUUCAGGCAGCUGGCGCUGCUCAAGGCGUUGAAGACGCUCUAGUCCUUUCGAACAUAUUGUCAGAGCUUGUCAAAUCAUCGAGACAGGAAGCAAUUAGCGAAGCAAAGAUCGUUGCUGGUCUCAGCGCGUACGACUCGAUACGAAGGCCGCGCGCCCAGAAGCAACUGGAGCAGGCGGCUGAGGUUGCUCGUAUGAUAUUCUUCCAACACGAAGAAGCAGGGAACGAUAUGAGCAAGAUCUUGCCUCGCCUUCAGCAAGGUCGAUUUGACUGGCUCUGGUUCCACGACGUGCAGGGUGAUGUAGACGAAGCCUUAUCGAGAAUGCGCAAGCUGGACUUGAAGCCAUAA